AUGAGCUCCAUCAGGCCGUUUUCCGCCACAGAUCUGUUUGAGCUCAACUCAAUCAACCUCGACCCGCUCACAGAGAACUUUUACCUGUAUUUUUACCUUCAAUAUCUUUCAGAAUGGCCCUCGUUGUUCUAUAAGUCGGUGUCUUGUUCAGGUGCUAACGAGGGUUACAUGUUGGCCAAGACCGAGGGAAAAGGUACCGAUUGGCACGCACAUAUCAGCGCAGUCACGGUGAAUCCAAAUUAUCGACGGAUCGGACUGGCUUCAACUCUUUGUUCCUCGUUGGAAAGAUUCACCGAGUCCGAGCCUUACGAAGCAUAUUUCAUUGAUCUGUUUGUCAGAUGCAACAACAAAUUGGCUAUCGUGUUGUAUGAAAAACUCGGCUAUUCUGUCUAUCGACGAGUCGUCGGUUACUACGGUGAUUACGAGAGCAAAACAAAUAGGAACAAGAUUGACGACGAGAUCGAUGCGUUUGAUAUGCGGAAAGCUUUAAAACGGGAUAUAAAGCAACAGUCGGUUCGUUCUAACGGACGUAAGGUCAACGUGCUUCCAAGCGAGAUCGUGUUCUGA